GCCUGGAGCGGGCGAUGCUGAUGAUCGCGCUGCUGCAGCUGAGCGCAGUCACAGUCGGGGUCGCCGUCGCCCACCUGAGCGUGCCGAGCCCGCCGGUGCACGGCCACGGGAGGCACCAUCCGCCGCCACGGCAGCAGCAUGGGCGGAAUGGACACCGCCAACCUACCCGUCUCAAGAACGCGGUGGCGAUGCCCUUCAACGUCGCGAUCCCUGGGCGGGGCAUGCACCUGGCGGGGUGGCGCGCGGCGACUACGCCCACUCCCGCUACGCCAUGGUGCAACCGCCUGCAGGCAUGGCAGCCGCUGGCGGUGGCCCAGGGGAGGCACCUGCCGCUGGAAGCGCCGCAGGUGGCGAAGGUGGCCUUGGACACGGCGCCCACCCGGGUCGUCCAGUUCUCUGCGAUGCAGCACGACCUCCAGACCUACAUGCAGACCACAAUGGGAGCGGCUAUGGCUGCGAUGCAGACGGACCUUGCCGCCACGCUGCAGCAGCAGCUUGCGCCCACCAUCCAGCGCGUCACCGACACCGAGCGUGACGUCCGCACCGUGCAGGACCGCACGUCGGAGCUGGAGCGCGAGCAGCGACACCUGCGGGAGCAAGUGCAAGCCAUGCAAUCAGCUCUCUCGAUGGCGGAGGUGGCCAGCUCAAGCGAGUCCAUCGAUGUCGCUCGCCUGGCCACCUGGUUCAGGCCCACGAAUCCGCAGCUCUUCAGCAUCAACACAAGCACCGAGGUCACGAAGAACGCAAUCAUGGAGGGGCUGGCUGAGUGGUUUGACCAUGCGAACGUGCGAAAGGACGCAGUGCAGGUUGUGGGGCCUCACGCUCCCGCCAAGAAGUUUGCCCUUUUCCUCCCGGGCAAGGAAGCCGGUGUUAUUCGUGCUCAGGCCCUCACUUGCGCUCUUCGGGAUGAAACUGGGCAGUACCGCAAGUUCCCCGCGACGGCAGUG